AUGGUCACUGCGACUUUUGCUACCUUUCAGGUGAAGGAUUAUGAACUGCAUCAGUAUGAGACAGCCAAGUGGGUCAGCACAGUCAUCCAGGGAGAGACCCAGAAGGAGGCGAUGUGCCAGGGCUUCUGGAAACUCUUCCACUACAUCCAAGGGAAGAAUGAAAAAGAAAUGAAGAUUGAUAUGACUGUACCAGUGACAUGUCUGAUAAAAUCUGGCUGCGCAGACUUCAAGAUCUCUUUCUUCAUGCCAUUUGAACAUCAGGACUCCCCGCCACAGCCAACCAACUCGGAUGUGUUUAUCAAGGGGCGCAAGGCAGCAGCUGUCUUUGUGCACAAGCACGGGCAUGAACUCCUUAACAAAACAACCUUUCACUUCUACCAGGUCCUUUGGUGGAUUUGCCUCCCAGAGAAAUAUGCUGAUGAAGCUGAAGUCUUGGCCAGAACCUUAAGAAACAGAGGCCAACCAUUCCAUGAAGACUUCUUCUAUACUGCAGGCUACGACAGUCCCUUCAAGCUCUUCAACAGGCACAAUGAAGUGUGGUAUUUUAAAAGGUAA